AACUUUUAUUUCCCGUCUUGACAGCGGUGGUGUUUAUUCCUAGUCUGCAGAAACUGAUACUGCAGCUGCCUUGGGUAAUUUGGAAGGGCUUAAAGCUUCGUGUAUCAUGUAUAACUCUUGGAUUGAAAUAAAAGGUCAUAAGGACUUGAAGGUGUGGAUGAGAACUGGGUUUGGAAAUUUUUUGCCGUAUAGACUCUUGGGACCAUUGCUGUCAGGUGAUUCUUUAAAUCCCGAACUUGCGAAGAGCUAAAUGCCAAGGAGCUAGAGAUGAGUGAGGUAGCAGUGUUAGAGAAACAGAGUAAUAUUCUCCGUUCCGAGGUGACCAGUCACUAACCAACCGAAGUUCCAGCAUCCCAACCUCUCACCGCGUUCAGCUGGGAGAUUCACACAGAAGGAUUAUUAUAGACAUACAGACUUUGUAAACAGUCAUUGGCCGUUAUGUCCCUUGCUACGGGCGACUGCUUUCCCUUAAAAAUAACCGUAGUGUUUCCAGUUACUUGGGAGAAGAAAUAACUGGGACAGUUUUCCCAAGAACUUCUGGAUCCUAAGAAUUUAAAUCUGCAGUAAAAUGUUGCUUUUUAAGGAUUAUCCUUCCCUCUACUUGAUAUUUGGGCCAGUAAAGUGGAUUCUUUUAUUCAAGGCUGAAGUCCGAGGGAAAGGUUUAACAUUUUUCUAAUCUGCUUUGGUCUCCCCUCCCUGCCCAGAAUUGGAUAGAUACUUGUUUGGAGAAAUUUUUCAAGGUUUCUUUCUUGUAGAAUUGAGAAAUCUUAUCCCAGACAGCUCAAGGUGAGGAUUUUACUGUUCUUUUGGUGGUUUAACAAUAGGUUUUGAUGCUGGCUUAUUCAUGUGGUUGAAAAAUCCCCUCCCUCUCUUUGGUAUCUAACUCAAGAAAUUAAGUUGUGUGUAGUCAUGUUUAAUGUAGUAAGUGACAGGCAUAUUCUGUCAGGCUGGUGAGUACUAUACAGACAUUUACCCUGGCUCAGAUAAAUAGAAAUUGCUAAAUAAGUUCUGAGAUGUAAGCCUAUGUUACCAUGAACUUGAACAUCUUUAAGUAAAUAAACUGUGGCCCAGCCAUAACUUGAGUUUUGUAUUUUAUAGUUGGUGUCUGCUUUGAUUUAGGUCCCUGGAUUGUUCCCUUAGAAAGACAGUUAAGUCAAAAAAUCCCUGAGAUUUCCAAAUGUGUUGUUUAGCAGACUGUUUUUUUCCAGUGGUAUAUUUGGUGAGAUUUUAACAGCCAGCACCUAGUUCAGACUGGAUUCUAGUUGUUACCUUUGUUUCUAUGAGGGAUGCUACAUAGGUGAACUUUUUUUUUUUUUCAGAAACAUUUCUGUGAUUCAGGACAAUGUGCCAGGAUUAUUGUGGCUUCUCCUUCACCAAACAGCUUGUUAACUUGACUUUGAUUUAGAUUUGUGGGCAUUCUGCCCUUGUCCUCUUUUAUUUAUUUAUUAGUUACUUAUUUAUUUUGAAGUCCUCUAAUAGCACCAUCUGGCCUUGUCUCCCCUCAUUUGAUGGAUUUGAAAGAUGGUCGUGACGUAAACUAUAGAGUGGGGGUUACUUACUUAGAAAUCCAGUGGAUGUCAGUUCACUCGCUGCUUGCUAAACAGGAAGGAUCUGUCCAGUACCUGUUCUGGGGUAAGUAGGCCCCUGAAUCCUGUGUGGUGAUUUCUGUUUCUUUAAAGCACACAAGCAAAGUAAGCAGAAAUCAGAGCUUGGAUUCGCGAAGAUACCCAUAAUUGUUAAGGACUUAUUGAAACUGGAGAAGUUCUUCACUUCUUGCUGCUCCAUCGUAAUAAACCUUGGUAAUUAGCUUAGUCAUUGUUCUUGCAUUUGAGUUUCACUAAGUUACAAACAGUGAAAAAUGCAUCUGAAAUAGGGUCAUUUUUCACCCUUCUGAUGCAUUUUAUGCAGAGUUAAGAGCCUGGCUAAAUGCCUAACCAUUAUUGGUGUAGGAGUAGAAGGUGAACGCUUUCCUUAGCAUAUUGCAAGAUAAAAUAUUACCUUUUAUUUCAAUUAAUAGACUUGAAGCUUGCCCAUUCUAGAUUCAUUCCUAGAGGAAGCAAGAGGCACUUGGGGUAUGCAAGGCAGUCAGCAUUUAUUGAGUCCCUGUUGUUUGCAAGGAGCUAUGCUAGCCAAUGUUCCAACAUCACAUGAGGGAGACAUGUUUCUCUACGUUAAACUUAGUAAGAAUCUAAAGAAACAGAGAAUGGCAAAACUGGAUCAUUUGGCAAGAAAUGUAAAUCUGCAUCUUUUUCCGAAGCAUGCGUGUUAUUUCAUCCUAAAGGUUUUAAGGCAAGAUUGUCCAUACCAGAUAUUUACAAGGGGCCAAUCUUCCUGCCUUCAACAGUAAUAAUGCAAUGUACUAGUAGUGUAAUUCACAUGUUGAAACUGUCAAUGGAGCUGGAGAUCUCGCUGUCAGUAGCUCCUGUGAAUGGAGACUUAGUAUUAAAAUCUACCAAAGCCAGUGUCUUAGGUUGCAGCUUAUUUUGUGAACAGCUGCCAACUUCCAGUUGGGGGAAAAAAGUGUGUUUUGAUUUAUUCCCAUGACACGUGGUGAGAAUGAAAAUCAUAUAACUGUAUUAAGCAUAUCAUAACCUUUUCAGUUACGGUGGCUAUUGUCAGGCUGACUUUUUCUCCUCAGACCUGACAGCAUGGCAGUGUGGCUGAUAAGUGAAUCUGCUUCCAUUCAUCCCAACAGGAAAACGAGGAAAUGUUCUUACUUUGAAAAGCAACUGUUUAUGUAACCAAGAGCAAUCAAAUCAGUGCUCCACAUAGGUACCACAUGAGGUAGCUAAGUGGACUCUCUGAGGAGGGGCUGCUCUGCCUUCACCUUGGCCCAACCAUGAGGUUCUUCCUGCUCUGUGCCUACAUGCUGCUGCUACUGAUUUCCCAGUUGAGGGCGGUCAGCUUUCCUGAAGAUGAUGAACCCCUUAAUACCGUUGACUAUCACUAUUCAAGGCAAUAUCCGGUUUUUAGAGGACGUCCUUCAGGCAAUGAAUCACAGCACAGGCUGGACUUUCAGCUGAUGUUGAAAAUUCGAGACACACUUUAUAUUGCUGGCAGGGAUCAAGUUUAUACAGUAAACUUAAAUGAAAUCCCCAAAACAGAAGUAAUACCAAACAAGAAACUGACAUGGCGGUCAAGACAACAGGAUCGAGAAAACUGUGCUAUGAAAGGCAAGCAUAAAGAUGAAUGCCACAACUUUAUUAAAGUAUUUGUUCCAAGAAACGAUGAGAUGGUUUUUGUUUGUGGCACCAAUGCGUUUAAUCCCAUGUGUAGAUACUAUAAGUUGAAUACCUUAGAGUAUGAUGGAGAAGAAAUCAGUGGCCUGGCAAGAUGCCCAUUUGAUGCCAGACAAACUAAUGUUGCCCUUUUUGCUGAUGGGAAGCUGUAUUCUGCCACAGUGGCUGACUUCUUGGCCAGUGAUGCUGUUAUUUAUCGAAGCAUGGGUGAUGGAUCUGCUCUUCGUACAAUAAAAUAUGAUUCCAAAUGGAUCAAAGAGCCACACUUUCUGCAUGCCAUAGAAUACGGAAAUUACGUCUAUUUCUUCUUUCGAGAAAUUGCUGUAGAACAUAACAACUUAGGCAAGGCUGUUUAUUCACGUGUGGCCCGCAUAUGUAAAAACGACAUGGGUGGCUCCCAGCGCGUCCUGGAGAAGCACUGGACUUCGUUUCUGAAGGCUCGGCUUAACUGUUCUGUCCCCGGAGAUUCCUUUUUCUACUUUGAUGUUCUGCAGUCUAUUACAGACAUAAUACAAAUCAAUGGCAUUCCCACGGUGGUAGGGGUGUUCACCACACAGCUCAACAGCAUUCCUGGUUCCGCAGUCUGUGCGUUUAGCAUGGAUGACAUUGAAAAAGUAUUCAAAGGACGGUUUAAAGAACAGAAAACUCCAGAUUCUGUUUGGACAGCUGUCCCUGAAGACAAAGUACCAAAGCCAAGGCCUGGCUGUUGUGCAAAGCACGGUCUUGCCGAAGCUUAUAAAACCUCCAUCGAUUUCCCGGAUGAGACCCUGUCAUUCAUCAAAUCCCACCCCCUGAUGGACUCCGCCGUCCCACCCAUUGCUGACGAGCCCUGGUUCACAAAGACUCGGAUCAGGUACAGACUGACGGCCAUCGCCGUCGACCAUUCUGCCGGACCCCACCAGAACUACACAGUCAUCUUUGUUGGCUCGGAAGCUGGCGUGGUGCUUAAAGUUUUGGCAAAGACCAGCCCUUUCUCUUUGAAUGACAGCGUAUUACUGGAAGAGAUUGAAGCAUACAACCAUGCAAAGUGCAAUGCUGAAAAUGAGGAGGACAGAAAGGUCAUCUCAUUACAGUUGGAUAAAGACCAUCAUGCUUUAUAUGUGGCGUUCUCUAGCUGCGUUAUCCGCAUCCCCCUCAGUCGCUGUGAGCGUUAUGGAUCAUGUAAAAAGUCUUGUAUUGCAUCUCGAGACCCAUACUGUGGCUGGUUAAGCCAAGGGGCCUGUGGUCGAGUGAGCCCAGCGAUGCUGCUGUUAACUGAAGACUUGUUUGCUUUCCAUAACCACAGCGCUGGAGGAUUUGAACAAGACACAGAAUAUGGCAACACGGCCCAUCUAGGGGACUGCCACGAAAUUUUGCCUACUUCAACUACACCAGGUUACAAAAUAUUUGGCGGUCCAACAUCUGACAUGGAGGUAUCUUCAUCUUCUGUUACCACAAUGGCAAGUAUCCCAGAAAUUACACCUAAAGUGAUUGAUACCUGGAGACCUAAACUGACCAGCUCCCGGAAAUUUGUAGUUCAAGAUGACCCAAACACUUCUGAUUUUACUGAUCCUUUAUCAGGUAUCCCAAAGGGUGUACGGUGGGAAGUCCAGUCUGGAGAGGCCAACCAGAUGGUCCACAUGAAUGUCCUCAUCACCUGUGUCUUUGCAGCUUUUGUCUUGGGUGCGUUCAUUGCAGGUGUGGCAGUCUACUGUUACCGUGACAUGUUUGUUCGGAAAAACAGAAAGAUCCAUAAAGAUGCAGAAUCUGCCCAGUCAUGCACAGACUCCAGUGGAAGUUUUGCCAAGCUGAAUGGUCUCUUUGACAGCCCCGUCAAGGAAUAUCAACAGAAUAUCGAUUCUCCCAAAUUAUAUAGUAACCUGCUGACCAGUCGGAAAGAGCUGCCACCCAAUGGAGAUACAAAAUCCAUGGUCAUGGACCAUCGAGGCCAACCUCCUGAGUUGGCUGCUCUCCCCACUCCUGAGUCUACACCUGUGCUUCACCAGAAGACCCUGCAGGCCAUGAAGAGCCACUCAGAAAAGGCCCAUGGCCAUGGAGCUUCGAGGAAAGAAACCCCACAGUUUUUUCCUUCUAGUCCUCCACCACAUUCCCCACUAAGUCACGGGCAUAUCCCCAGCGCCAUUGUUCUUCCUAAUGCUACCCAUGACUACAACACUUCUUUCUCAAACUCCAAUGCUCACAAAGCUGAAAAGAAGCUUCAAAACAUUGACCACCCUCUUACAAAGUCAGCCAGUAAAAGAGAUCACCGGCGUUCUGUGGAUUCCAGAAAUACCCUCAAUGAUCUCCUGAAGCAUCUAAAUGACCCAAACAGUAACCCCAAAGCCAUCAUGGGAGACAUCCAGAUGGCCCACCAGACCCUAAUGCUGGAUCCUGUGGGACCUAUGUCUGAAGUCCCGCCCAAGGUCCCUAAUCGCGAGGCAUCUCUCUACUCUCCUCCCUCGACUCUUCCCAGAAAUAGCCCAACCAAGCGAGUGGAUGUUCCCACCACUCCUGGAGUUCCGAUGACUUCUUUGGAAAGACAGAGGGGUUAUCAUAAAAAUUCAUCCCAGAGGCACUCUAUAUCGGCUAUGCCUAAAAACUUAAGUUCACCAAAUGGUGUUUUGUUAUCUAGACAGCCUAGUAUGAACCGUGGAGGGUACAUGCCCACCCCUGCAGGGGCAAAGGUGGACUAUAUUCAGGGAGCACCAGUGAGUGUUCACCUACAGCCUUCACUCUCCAGACAGAGCAGCUACACCAGUAAUGGCACCCUUCCGCGGACGGGACUAAAGAGGACACCGUCCUUAAAACCUGACGUGCCACCAAAGCCUUCAUUUGUUCCUCAGACCACCUCCGUCAGACCACUGAACAAAUACACUUACUAGGCCUCAAGUGUGCCCUUCCUUGCGUGGCUUUAUCCUGUCUAUGUUGUUGAGAGGAUGAUAUGGUAAGGGUACCUUAAGAAAAGAGACUCGCUUGUAUUUCAAGAGAAGCAAGUGGCCAAAGAAACUCUUCCUAACUUUGGCAACAUCAGAACUUGCCAUAUGUAGCUACUGCAGCAAGGCUUCUGUGUACUUGCCUGAAAACAAAGGAAGGUGCUGGUCAUUCCAUUUCUUUUGUUUGAAGCUAAAGAGAUGUGUGGCUCUGAGGGGCUACCUGUAACCAGUAUAAAGAGCUGAUCCAGUGCUCAGAAGAAUCUGUCUGUGAGCAAAUACUUGAAAAUGGGUUCAACUUAGACUGCCAUUUUGUGUGGUCUUCCCAUUAAAUGUGAACAUUUUAAUAUGUAUGCAUUCACCUUGCCUCUUGCACAAAUGUCAAAAAAAAAAAAAAGGUAAUGUCUCAAAGAAACGAACUUGUAGAUUACCAAACAAUUUGCUAAAAAUUCAGUCUUUGACCCAAACUGUAGCAUCUUUUUCAUGUGUGGCAUUUUUUUCCAUGCCACCAAGGAACUGUGUUGCGUGUGCAUGUAUGUGUGCGUGUGUGUGUGAGUGUGUGUGAGUGUGUGUGUGUUCUGUCCCCACUAGCAUUUGUUUCGGUGCCCAUUGCAUCUUUUUGUGCUAUGGAGUUGUUUACAUCGCGCAUGACUGAACAAGAGACAAUAAUUUCUUCCCACAGCAGUCCAUUGGGUUCAGCUUUGAGAAAGAAAGCCAAGGCUGAUUUUGACAGUCAAAAUGAUUAACUCGACUUCCAUGUUACCCAAUGCCAGAAUGUAAGAGUACUAAGUAAUUUUGUGCUGCUAUUCACUGAAACUUCGAUUACAGCCUUGCCAGCUUAAGGAGAUAGAGACGUUAAGAGGUAUCCUUAAUUUAUCCACCAGUUUCAGUAGUAAAAUUCACCAGUCCACUGUGAAUCCAAGCCCCAGUGACUCUGUUAACCUUGGACACACUAACAAGGUUUUAUUUUUAUUGUGUUUGGUUUCUCCCCUGUAGUAAAAUUCCUCUUGUUUUAAUUCCCCUCUAACCCCAAGAUGGGAAAAAAAAAAAGAACCACACACACAUACAAAACAGAAGACAAAAGAAGGGAAUGUGAGAGGCUCAUAGUUGGCUUAACAGGAACAGUCUAUGGGAACUUAACAGUGGUGCAAUCAUGUUGUCUGUGUUGUGUGAUGUGAGAACUUUCUCCUAAGUCAUGCAGGUAACGACAGUAUACUGUAAAUAUUACAUGUGAGUUUACCUGAAUCUGUGCAUUUUGUGCCUUAUUCAUGAGAAUGAUAGAAGUACUCGAAUAUGUCAAGUGUUUUCAGUAUAGCACAUCAUUUACUGAGUGCCAGUUGUACAUGUUUUUCAACCAGCACCUGAAAAGACUUUUCAAAAAAAUCAUAACAACAACCUAGAACAAUUAACUGUAAAGCAAUCCAUCCAGAUAGCCGCAUUACAUCCUUUGCCAUGAUAAACAUUCCACUCCUGCUUUCACUAAGGAUGAAUCAGUGAUAAUGUGAAGUCAAAUGAGGUUUCCCGGGUAAUGUGACACCUGCAGAAACCAUAUAGAGUCAUUUAUUCGUAGUUUUGCAGAAGCCACUUACGGUUGAUGAUGUGCAACCCUGACGACUCUUUCAGUUAAUAUGCUGCACACCACGGUUUAUUGAACCUCAUCUAGAAAGUAUCAAGGCAGAGGAAUGCUCCUGACUUAGUCAGACAAAUAAGUUCAACUGGUUUCCUGUGAUGAUAUCUUAUUACUUGGGGGAGGAUGGGUUGCAAAAGACCAGAGCAUUUUUAUACAGAAUGUAGAAUACGGAUGCAGUUAUUCUUUUCUUUUGAGAAUAUUGUUUUAUAAAGAACAUGAAUCCCUGAGGUCUCUGGAAGCUCAAAAGCUAAAACUUCUGUUUUUGCAACACUUCAGCUUUGAAACUAAAAUAAUACAGAUUGAUAAUAAUUUAAACCAACCAACGAUAAACACUACUCAGUCCACCGCCAACAAACGUGUUCGAAUUCACCCUGCCAAUAUUAAUCCCGGCGUGCGGAAAAUGGAACAGUAACUGUAUGUGAACCCGGAUAACAUUUUCUAACAUUGUGCUGCCUUGUAGUUUGUAAUGUGAGUUCUAUCAGUGUUUAUGUUGAGAUUUCUAACAUAAAAUCUAGUCUCUCUCCUGUUAAUUUAAUCUUUAAAUGCUUUAUUCAUUUGUGCAAAGGUAAACACAGAUUGUAUCUUUUUUAAUGGUACGGCAUAAAAAGUAACCCUAAAGUGAAGUGGCUCUAUACUGUUUUAUAGAGUACUUUAACAUGUAUAGAUAUCUUGUAAACUUGUAUUGUGGAUGUGUAAAUAAUAUGUACUUUGGGUUUUUAACACCGCAUGUAAAGUCAAAAUAAAAUAUACAAAUCAUUAUA